GUUUUUAAGAUAUUGUAGAUGUUUAAAAAGAAAGGCGUGAAGGACAUAGAAGACCACCCCACCUUCUACAGAGAUGCGAACGACUACUGGACCAAAGUGGAUCCCACAGUCCAGGGCAUGAUGGGUGGUCUGGAACAACUAUCGUCAAUCGAUCUCACGUCAUCCAUGCAGUUCGUCUACUCAUAUAUCCAGGAUCUGAAAAAGAACUCAACUGAAACUCGAGUUGCAGAUUGCGGAUCUGGUAUAGGCCGAAUCACAAAAUGUCUCUUAUCUGGACUGUUCGAUAAAAUUGACAUGGUCGAACAGUGCGCUGUGUUCUUGGACAAAGCAGAAGCAUAUCUGGGAGAUGAGAGGAAGAAAGUGGAACAAAAAAUUUACAAAGGAUUACAAGAUUUCUACCCUGAGAAAAACAGAUACGACGUGUUUUGGUGCCAAUGGGUUUUGUGUUACCAGGCAGAUAACGAUUUGGUUAAGUUUCUUGAAAGAUGCAGAGAAGCUUUAAAGCCAGGAGGUUUCAUUUUUGUAAAAGAAAACACAACUAAUACAAAAAGCAGAAAAGCUGUUGAAUUUGACGAAGUGGAUAGUUCAGUUUGCAGACAUGAGACACUUUUCAGAAAGAUUUUUGAUGAAAGUGGGUUAGAAGUUAUUGAAUCGUGUCAGCAGCCGAAUUUCCCAGAAGAAUUGUUUCCUGUUUACAUGUUUAUUCUAAAGCCGAAAGCUGAAACGACCAGCUAGAAUAGAAUUUGAAAUUAAUUGUGCUUUGGUGGUACCAUAUUGUUUCCAAUUUUGAUGCACGCAUGUUUUAUUGUUUUUAUCUGAAAUUCAUAAGCUCAAACUCCCAUUUUUGCAAUGAGUGAGGCUCAAAUAGAUUUU